UGUUUACCAACGAGCGCCAAGCUUUCCGCCAAUCAGGGGGCCCGGGGCUAGUGUAUGAUGCUCAAGCCUGCGGUUCCAAUACCCGUUGCAAUGGAGCAUAAGCACUGAGUUUGUUCAGUGGUUGAAAGUUGCAAAAAAGUUGGAAGCUGUUCAAUGUGCGCAACAGAAUGAAUCUUGAUGGCCUGAGGGGGACAGGUAACCAAGUCGGACUUCUGCGCACACUACGAGAGCACCAUCCAUCGAGUUUCUCAAGGUGACUGAGUGUCUGAGCGCCUGAGGUCAGCAGCCAUGAGGAGGCGCCCCGACUCCACCAUGCACCCCUUGGCCAGGCUCCCGCCCCUCCGCCUCGCGCUUCUGCUCUUCUUCGCCUUCCUCGCCUGCACCCUCACAGUAUUCCUCUCCGUUCGCAACCAGACGUACACAGCGUUCCGCUGGAGGGCGGCCGCCACACGCGCCAUGCACCACCACGAUAGAGCAUUAGUUACCAGCACGCACUUCCUUAACUCCCUUAGUGAUGAUCAGCUGCAGCAGUGGAAGCCAGCGCACCAACCAGCCGUGACCAUGGUCGUUCUGACCUGCCACCGGGCAGUCCCGUACAUCAACGUUCUGGUGGCGUCGCUGCUACAAGGGCAGAGCGCAGAGGAGCUAGCGGACGGGUUCAGGGUGCGCCUUUUGAAUGUGGAGCGGGACCCGGUUCUCCGGGACUCUCACGAGGCGCGCCUGCUGCGAAGAAUACCCCUCCUGCAGUAUCAGGAUGCGGCGGCAAAUAGGAUAGAGACUAACGAGACAUGGGUCGCGAGGGGGGUGAAGGAUUAUAUGACGGCGCUGAGGGCUUGUCAGGUGGGGGUCCCGACCCCCUGGUGCAUCAUAAUAGAGGAGGAUGCCCUUCUGACAAGCGACUUCGUUUGGAAGUUCAAAGAGGGCGUCGUUGGCGUUCUGGGGGACGGCGCCAAAACCACGGCCUUUGUAAAGCUGUGGACUACAGACUGGUGGGACGGUUUCGAAAACGAGGACUGGCCAAAGUUGGCGCUGGUGGUUGUCGCUUCGGCGGGACUGCUGACGGCGGUAGUAGAUUGCCUUUGCUGCACAGAACGGCGACGAGGGAGCCACGCUCUGCCGCUUACACUCUGCUUUGCGUUCUUCGUGAUCACCAUUGCAGUCAACCUUUGGAUAGUCAAUGCACAGUUGUUGAGCCAGAUCGGAGAGCAGCCAGGUGUGUACUCUAGCGGGGGCAUCGAGAAGAACGCUGGAGAUUUUCUUUGGCUUAAGCAAGACUCGAGAUUUGUUGAUCGAUAA